AUGAAGACCAUCAAUGCCACAACAUUCAUCAUCGCGCUUCUUGCCGCUACUGAACGAACCAACGCGUUCGCCAGCACAGGAACCACCCAGCUGAGGGAGGAGGCGGCCAAGAAGGACAUUCUCAUCGGGUCUGGGGCAAUCAAUCCAACCUACCUUAAUGAUUCUCGGUUUUCCGCAGUCCUUGCAAACCAGUUCAACAGUCUCUCCCCCGAAAACGAGAUGAAGUGGUCGUUCCUUAACCCGACCGAAGGGCACUACAACUGGGACACGCUUGACCGCCUCGUUGACUUUGCGGAAGAGAAUGACAUGGCGGUCAAGGGACACGGCCUCAUCUCGAGCUGCUGUAACCCCGACUACUUGCUCAAUAUCACCGAACCCACAACAUUUCGUGCUGCGAUGACGGCUCACUUCGAGGCGGUCAUGCACCGGUACAACGGCAAGAUGGAUCGGUGGGACGUUGUCACCGAAGCCCUCGAAACCAAGGGCGGCGGCCUAAGCACCGACAACGACUUCUACAAAGUACUCGAAUCUCGUGGAGUCACUCCCGGCAAGCGUCAGGAACUCUAUGACCUGGUCUCCGGACUCGUGGCAAACGGCGUCCCGAUCGAUGGAGUCGCCCUGCAGAUGCACAUCACCGAAGUAGCCCCGAUACCGGGCGUGCUCACAAACAUGGUCGAGUCCUACAAGGCGCUCGGACUGGAAGUGACAAUCGCUGAGAUGGAUGUCCACACGCUGGACACCGCACUGGAGACCGACAUCUACGGGGCCGUAGUCGAUGAGGCUCUAAAGGCAGGAAUCACUGACAUUAGCUUUUGGGGCUUCACGGAUAAGCACGCCUACACUUGGCUGCCGGGCGCAAAGCCACUGAUGUUCGACGAGUGCUACAAUGCUAAGGGCGCGUUCUAUGCCACUCACACUGCCCUAACACACUUCGUCAGCGUGCCCUAG